AUGACAACCGUUGGAUAUGGCGAUCUCGUUCCUAAUAGUACUAUAGCGAAACUACUUGCUUGCCUUUAUGUCUACACUGGUAUGGCUCUUGGUGGCUUGAUUCUUAGCAAAGCAGCAGAUUACAUUGUUGAAAAACAGGAAGUUUAUCUUGUUAAAGCAAUAUGCAAAGCCGAGAAACUCGGUCUAGAAGAGGUUUCUAAAGAACUUGUGACUAAGAAAAGCAAAUACAAGUUUCUGCUUUCAAUAUCCACUUUUGUUGUACUCAUGAUUACAGGAACUGUUUUUCUGUAUUUUGUUGAGAAACUAGAUUUCGUCGAUGCAUUCUAUUGUGUUUGUUCGACGGUUACGACUUUAGGUUACGGAGAUAAGAGCUUCUCAACUCCUAUUGGUAGGACUUUUGCUGAUUUUUGGAUAUUAAGCAGCACCAUUUGCUUGGCUCAGUGUUUUGCAUAUCUUGCUGAUUUUUAUACGGAAGAUAGACAAAGAUCAUUGGCGAAAAUGGUUCUCACGAGAAAUUUUUAUAUGCAUCAUUCACUGGGAUUGUAUACUUUUCUUAAUUUGUCGCGUAUAAUCAACGACGACAACAACAACACCAACACAGACAUGUCUAUAGCAGCGACCUCCUCACAAAAUCAUCAAUUGUAA